AUGAAGAAUCAGGUCAUGAUGGUGGGCGUGGGGCGGCGCGUGUCGGGCGUGGGUGCGGGUCUGCGGGCGGCGUGGGCGGGGUCCAGGAGCUCGAGGGAGGAGCACCGCGCCGGUCUAGCGCUACUGCUGGGUCUGUGUGUCAUAGCCAGCCUGACCCGGGGGGGUCGAGCCGCCGCCGCCGCCGGCAGCCGCAACAACAUGGGCGUGGGCGAGUCGACCCGCACGAUACAGUGUCCGUCGAUGCAUGAGAUCUCACCAUGCACUUGCCGGGUUAUAACAAAAGGCAAGGACUCCGGUUAG